UUUUUAAAAAGACCCAUUCGAUUGCUCGAUUACUCAAGCGAGAAAUUGAUCGAUACGAACUCUCACAUGCCUUUCUAUUGCAAGGUUUUAUGUUGGCAAUCCUACAACCAAGUAAAGUGUUGCUGUUGUACCUCCAAUGGGGAAUCAAGAUGGCCGAAGGAUGACAAUAUACAGCUGUCAACUGGUGCGAACGAGUAACAUUUCAAAGAAAUUGGAGGGAAAAUGUCUCACAUACAGUAUGUGGACGAGUUGGUAAAGGAGUACUUGCUCUUCAGAGGUUUUAGUCAGACUUUGAAGGCUUUUGAUAAUGAUUUGAAAGCGGAAAAAGAAAAAGGAUUUAGGGUAGAUAAAAUAAUCGAUCAAUUAAUGCAAUACAUAUAUAAUUAUGAUCUGGCAUCGCUGAGGGAACUAUGGGGACAUUUGGAUACUAGAAUGUUUUGCCGAUUGGAAAGUCAUUUUACACCUGCGGUCAGAAAAUUAGAAAAUGCUGUGCUAAAGAUGUACCUGGUGAAUGCAGCUGUGAAUGGCAAGCAAGAUAGAAUACAAGAAUUUUUUACUAAAAUGGCGCCAGAAUUACAGGGCCACUCAGAAUGGAAGGAAUGGUUUGCUCUCGCUUUUAUCAAGAAUCCUGAAGACAAUCCAGCUUAUUCUGUCCAUUUUAGUAAACAGUGGCAUGAUACUAUGUUAGUAUCCUUACAUAAUUUCUUAGCAACAAUUUUCCAAUGUAUGCCACAGCCGACAUUACUCACGAUUGAUGAGGAUACAAAUAAAUUAAAACGAUUGCAAGAGGAGAAUGAAAUACUCAAGCAACGGUUGAGUGAGUCUGUUAAAGUAGAAAGCAUAUCGGAUGUGAAUCCAGGUCCAGCACCACAGCAUCCUCCCAUCAUGGAUGAUUUUUAUAUUAUUGCUCAAGAGUCACCGUUACUGGAAAAUCCAAAGACACUGAGGAAUCUCAUAAGGAACAUUGGCGGUGGAUCCAGUCCGAUCCUAAGUAGAAAACCUGUAACAAACGUAAAAAAAGUUGCGGAACCUGAAAUGAGCUCGACUAAACGGACGAAUACAAAAGGACGGAUGAAUUCGAUCAGUAAGUCUGAGACAGUCGCCAAGAGGAGCAUCAGCUGUGAUUCAAGAUUAAGUAGUUCUAGGAAAAGAGACUCUUCUAUGGACACUACUGUCGAAAGAAAAACUAAAGAAAAAAUAGAUUCCAGUUAUAUUCUUUUAAGUCAGGAGGAAUAUACAGAACAUAAAACCUCCAUAAUUCAAUGUAAGAGUAACGCCAGUGGCUCGUACGUCGCAACGGGCGACGCCGAUGGUGUCAUCAAAGUAUGGACACCGAUUCCUUCACCAAAGACUGUUACCACGUUCACUUCUGCUACAGCGAAUUCUAAUAAAGCUAUCACCUCGCUAGACUGGAUAUCGAAGAAUGAACGCUAUUUCCUGCAUGGCGACAAUAAUGGUCUGAUUCAAUUGCACGACACGCGAGAUUGCAAAACGCUCUGGGAUAUUCAGCAUGAGAAUUCGCGAAUUGUCACUUUAAUCUGCAAUCCAACAGAAUCGACGUUCGUUUGCUCUGUAUCAGAUGGCAAUGAGGGUAAACUAUUGUUGUAUGAUAUAAAAUCGAAGAAACUUGAGAGAACGCUGCCGCUGGAGCAGAACGUCACCGCUCUGUGCUCUACUUUCAAUCAUAACGGCCAAUUACUUAUCACGGGAUUAUCCAAUGGCAAUAUACUCAUACACGAUCUGAGGCGAAACGAGAUAAUAGACAAUCUCAACUGCCACUCUAGCCCAAUAAUUGACAUAGAAUUAAUUAAUGAUUUUACGAACAUAUGCGCACAAAGCGAAGAUGGCAAGUUAUGCCAAAGGAGUUUGAAUCACUCUGGAAAGAUCUUGUGGGAGACCAAAAUCAAGAUUGAGAAGAAUCCUGUUCAUGGAAAACUAUUUACUUUCGAUCAGAGUGGCAAUUAUAUGUUACUUUGCACGCAGACUGGAGGAAAUAUAUACAAGAUGCCACCAGGGACACAAGGAAAGAUUUUAGAAUUAGGCGGACACAAGGGUACCCUAUGUUGCGACUGGUCGACUGCCAAUCAAUCUGGAACUUGUAUAACUGGAGGUGCAGAAGGAAAAGCUCGAGUAUCAACACUACUUUCACCAUGAUAUAGAAAUAAAAUUAGUAUUUGUGUAAAUUCGUAAGAUGAAUAGAUACCGAAGAUAUUAGUUACUGAUAUUAGUUAAAGAUCUGAUAGAUGUUCAUUUAUUUAUUAUAUUAAACUUGUGCAAAUGAUGUAGAGUAAUGAGUACAUCUCACUAGAUUUUAAAACAAUAACUGUAUUGCCAAAACGUUGGUAAUUCGGAUAAAAAAAUAUUUAAAUAUUUUAUGAAAAGUACAAUAUACUCUUGCAGUAAUUUCAAGUAAUAAUAUAAUCAUUUUUUACCUUUUGAAAAGCAAUCAGGGAUUACCAAAUGUAAUAUGUACAGAAAAUAUUGUAAUUAUUUUAAGAUGAUAAGUAUCUCUAUAAUAUUAUACGAUAAUUUUAAUCGGUUUUAUAAUAAACAAAAAGCGAUAAAAGAACAAUAUAGUCUCGUGUAUAAAGUUAUAAUUUAGAAAAAUAAAAAAUAUGUACAAGAGAUCAAGAAAAUGUCAAUAAAUACGAGUCAAUUUUAA